UCUUGUUCAUCGUUUUUUCAGUUCGUUUUUUACCAAAAAGUUGCAAAUACCAUCAUGUCUGCAAGAGCCCAAAAGAAAAAGAAGCGCGCCGUCCGCCAAAACUCAAACGUCUUUGCCAUGUUUGACCAAAAACAGAUUGCAGAAUUCAAGGAAGCGUUUUCAAUGAUUGACCAUGAUUCAGAUGGGUUUAUUGAUAAAGAGGAUUUAAAAGACAUGUUGGCUUCUCUAGGCCAACAACCGACUGAAUCAUCCAUUGACGAUAUGAUCUCUGAAGCACCCGGUUCCAUCAACUUUACAAUGUUUUUAACCCUCAUGGGCGAGAAAAUGAGCGGUACGGAUCCUGAACAUGAGAUACUAGCCGCGUUUGAGUGUUUUGAUGAUAACAAGUCGGGUGUCAUUAAUGCGGAGGUGUUGAGGGAUUAUAUGACGACUAUGGGGGAUCGCUUUACGGAUGAGGAGGUGGAUAUCAUGUUUAAAGGGGCCCCCGUUGGCGCAAACGGACAGUUUAAUUACAGGGAAUGGGUUCGGGUGCUCAAACAUGGGGAAUAGUCCCACUGUAGAGGCUUUGAGUUGAUACUUUAUAUCACAUACAUGGUUUAUCGUAAUAUAUGCGUGCUCAAGUGUGUGCGGGGUG